GGUGACUUUUGGCUGUGGUGGCCGUUGAUGGUCUAAGCCAUAGAUGUACCAAUGGAAGGUGGGAAGCCGCCGGCAAGGAAGGUAAUGGUGGCGGCAGACCCUACACGGGAGUCAGCCAGAGCGCUGCAAUAUGCACUCUCUCAUGUUGUGGUAGAACAUGAUGAUCUUCUCUUCCAACUCCACAGACACGUCCUCGGAUGGUGGUGGAGGUGGCAGCGAGGUAGAUUUUUAAUUGUGUUUGUAUCUGUGAUAAAUUGCAGAAACCGGUCUGGAGGAUCUAUUAGAGGAACAAAGGCUAUAGACACAGCAGAGUAUCUCAUUGAGAACAGCAAAUGCACCUGUGUUGGAGUGCAGAAGAAGGGCCAAAAUGCAGGUCAUCUUCUCAACACAAAGGCACAAAACAAUUUCUGGCUCCUGGCUUGAGUAAGUGCUUCAUAAUAAUCUCUGAAUUCCAUAGGCUCUAAAAGGUUACAUGACUGAU